UGUGUUGAAAUUUCAUCAGAAAAUCCAAAAAAAUCCACAAAUAAAAAUGCAAAAAAAUAUUUUGCUCGUUAUUCGGGCAUUGAGACCCUCGAUUUUCAUCCCGCAACGCUGUUGUCACUUGCAGAAAAUUGAAGAAUUGUCGGAUUUGGACAUGCAAACGUACAUCAACGAAGCUCUGCGACAGGAAAAGCCAAAAAGUCUCAUUGAACCGGGCGGCGCGACAGAAUUAGAUGAAAUUGCGCCGUAUUUGAAGCCAACUUUCAACUUAGCUGCUUACGCGAACAAAUCUCACACCUUACAACAGUUUCUAAAAAUGGGCGUCGACUUGUACAAAAUCGAAAAACGAAAGGGAUUGGGUCAGUUUUUCCUCGAACUCGAUUUCGAGAAGCAUUGCAAGGAUCAUUUGAUGUUUCUGAACGACAUUGGAGUCUCGCCGGAUGUUUUUGGGGCGUUUAUUACGAAAAAUCCGCUGAUUUUCAAGGAAAGUAUUCAAGAUUUGCAGACCCGAGUGAAUUAUUUGGAGUAUAAAAAUUUCAAAAAAGAAGCAAUUGUCAGAAUUGUCGAGAAAAAUCCGUUUUGGUUGAUGUUCAGUACGCCCCGGAUCGAUCGACGUCUCGGAUUUUUUCAGAAAAACUUUGAAUUGACGGGAAAUGAAGUCCGAAAACUUGCAACAAAGCAACCGAGGCUCAUCACAUACAAUACAAUGCACGUACAGAAGAGUAUUUUUUCCGUAAAAGAGGAAAUGGGCUUCAGUCAAGACGAAAUGAAGCGACUUACGCUCAAGAAACCACGAAUAAUGAUGAUGAAUCAUGACGAGCUCCUAAAUCGCUUCGAAUACAUCCAAAAAAAGAUGAAACUCUCGCACGAACGAAUCCUUCAAACGCCAGAGCUGCUCGAAACUCGUCAAUUUAUCCUUAAACAACGUCACGAGUUCCUAAAAUCCCUGAAAAGAGACCAAUAUGACCCAAAAUUGCCGCUUUAUGUGCCUCUCGAAGCCUUGGUGAAGUCAUCAAAUGAGGAAUUCGUUACCGUCAUUGCCAAAUCCUGCAUGGAAGAGUACGAGAAAUUCUUGAAAACGCUCUAAUUUAAAGUCUUUCGGUGUUUAAUAUCAAGUUUUUUGCUUAAAUUUAAGUUAGGAUUCGAAAUUUUUUUACAGUUAGUCACAAUAAAUUAACUAGCUCUUAACUAAAUUUGCCCAAUUCGACUUUUUUCCGUAUGACGCGGAUCGAACUGUGCAAAAACGAGUCAAUUAUGCUCGCAACGACGUAGAUUCCGCCAACAAUUGCACAAAUAUUGGUUGCUAAAUGCCCGAUGGAGUUGGAUUUUUCCGUGAUUUUUACCAUUAGAGGGGAUAGUUCGUAGCUGAAAAAGACGCCGGGCAUGCCCCCUUCUCCUUUGCCGGCAGCAACGCUUCUUUGAUACGUCGUCACACUAAAUUGAUUUGUGUGCAAAACAGUUCCGUUGAGGAAGACAUACAUUGUGGGCACGAUUUUCAGGUAAUAAUUGAACAUGAAACCGCCUGAAAUGAGAAAAAUAGAAGAAAAAUUAGAAAAAAAAUUGUAAAUAAAAAAUUAAAUAAUUUUAUAAAAA